UGUUUUCUCGGCUGGGUCGGGGGCAGCGAGGCCGCCCACCGCUGCGCGACACCGGGCUCCGGACCGACGGCUCGGGCGGGGCUGGACUGACCUGGAAAAAUGUCUGGAUUUCUAGAAGGCUUGAGAUGCUCCGAAUGCAUUGAUUGGGGGGAAAAGCGCAAUACUAUUGCUUCAAUUGCUGCUGGUGUUCUAUUUUUUACAGGCUGGUGGAUUAUCAUAGAUGCAGCUGUCAUUUAUCCCACAAUGGAAGAGUUCAACCACUCAUACCAUGCCUGCGGCGUCAUAGCAACCAUUGCCUUCCUCAUGAUUAAUGCAGUAUCGAAUGGACAAGUCCGAGGUGAUAGUUACAGUGAAGGCUGCCUGGGUCAAACAGGUGCUCGCAUUUGGCUGUUCAUUGGCUUCAUGUUGGCCUUCGGAUCUCUGAUCGCAUCUAUGUGGAUUCUCUUUGGAGGUUAUGUUGCUAAAGAAAAAACCGUAGUAUACCCUGGAAUUGCUGUGUUUUUCCAAAAUGCCUUCAUCUUUUUUGGAGGACUGGUUUUUAAGUUUGGCCGCACUGAAGACUUAUGGCAGUGAAGACUCUGACUUCUCCUUGUCAGCAGCCACCCUUGGAUUUUUUACUCCUCACCCCAGCCUUUUGCAAUGCCAUUUUCUAGACUGACUUCUGAGUAUGGUCUCCAGCUUCAGUUUGUAUAGCAUUGAAAUCAUGAGAAUUCCCUUUUUAAAGAACAGCUGCCGGAAUCUACUGUGGGAUGCAUUUGACUGGCUUACCCAGUGUUGCAGGAAGCUAGCUCACAUGAGUCUUUUUUUUUGUUGUUUUUUUAAGUUUUAUCAUGGUGUAAUUUGUAAAACUGAGGUUAAAUUACAGAAGAAAUGAUGGAUACAGCAUAUACGAAUGUUAUGUCCGAGGCUGAAACGACAAUGGAAGUGCGCUGGAGAUUUAAUGUUUGUUUAAAUGUGGCCUCUUCUGUGUCAAAUGUACAAUAAAGUGUAAACAUUUUCUUGUUUUUAGAAACUAUUCAAUGAUCAGAAUUCUGUAUCACUCCACUUUGUAUCUGGUUUAUAUGGUUUUACCAAAAAUUCUAUAAACAUUCAGCUCUAAGUAGCCAAUGAGGAUCUGCAAAGUGUCAGAUGAGCAGGUCAGAAGAGGCGCCCCGUGACCGGCCACCAGCCUCAGGUGUCCCCUGUGCCCCUGAUCCAGCUGCGACGCAGGUCCUGGUGGGCUGCAAAUGUCCACUCCCAUCCUCCAGGGAAGGAAAGAGGAAAAGCACAGGUGCUUGCCAGUAGUCUGUACUCAGGUGACGCGUUUUUUUGUUGUUGGUUUGGUAAAAAAAUUAAUAUCCUGUUUCGUUUUCUCUGUACUAAACCACUAAGCUCAAAAUAGACCAGCAAGGUCAAUUAAUUGUCACUAAAAACAUUAAUCAUCGGAACUUCUCAGUCUUUUCCUCUUUGAAACUGUUAUCUAUCAGACACCCCCACCUGGCAAAAUGGGAUUUUUUUUUUUUUUUUUGUAUGAACUGGGUAACUCUGGGAUGCAUGAUCUUCAGAACAAUGGCUUGAAAUGUUUUCUUUUAUAAAACUUGUCACAAUUAGCCCUUUGUGCAACAUGACGUAUCUCUUAGAGGAUCUCAAUUUGUGGUACUUAUCCUCAUGUCAGCCACUGUUACCUCCCAGCACGUAUGUUUUGGCAUUUCCUGGCCAGCAAGACACUACUCAAGAGGUGACUAUUGGCAUCUCACAGCAAAUCAUUCAUGGUGAAAUUUUAGAUCUAUAAGAUAUGAGAGUCAGAGGGGACCUUAGAAGCUGAAGUCCACCUUCUCUUUCUGGAGAUGAGGGUACCCAGACCAUUUGAAAUGAUUUCCUCGAGAUCACGAAACUAGCAUUUUAAUCUUGAUGAGAGCAUCUCCCCACUGACCGUGCUCUUUCCCCACGGAAAAAUUCAGAAUGUGCUAAAGGUACAAGAAGUACUUUGUAAAAUGGCUGGAAUAAAAGCAUAAUGCCUGCAAUAACUGAAUAUAAUUGAGUUCUUAAUUUUUCCCUAUUUUUUUACCACAUACUUUACUGAUGUUGACAAGAGUUAACUGGGUAGCAUAUUUUACUAACAAGCAUAAGCAAGAACCUAAGAAUUGUCAAAAUUGAACCAAAACCUUAAUCAUUUGCAUCCAAGAAGAUAUUGAUAGCAUAAUCUUCAAAGAAACCAAAUAUACUUACUUAAAACAAUAAUGAAAUUGUUGAAGCAAAUUUUUUGCUUUUUAUUUUCAAUAUCAAAUGCAUCUCUGAUCUUGUAUCAUUGUACAUAACAAAAAUUGGUUGUAACAAGUAUUUGUCACAUACACAAAAAGGUGGGAAUGGUAAAAGGAAUCAUCUUGUUUUCAAACAGAGCUUGUUUUUCUUCGGUGAUUUUGCCUAAAAUCCAACAGCCAAGUGAGGAAACUGUAAAAACAAAACAGAUAUUUUUAUUACAGA